ACUUGGAAUUAUUGGAACGAGACUCCAAACUCCCACAACGAGUCUCCACCCACAACGAGUCUCCAAAUUCCCACAACGAGUCUCCAAACUCCCCAACGAGUCUCCAAAUUUCCACGAGUCUCCAACUCCCACAACGAGUCUCCACCCACCAACGAGUCUCUAAUUCCCAAGAGUCUCCAAACUGCCACAACGAGUCUCCAAAUUCCCACAACGCGUCUCCAAACUCCCACAACGAGUCUCCAAAUUCCCACGAGUCUCCAAAUUCCCACAACGAGUCUCCAAAUUCCCACAACGAGUCUCCAAAUUCCCACAACGAGUCUCCAAAUUCCCACAACGAGUCUCCAAACUCCCACAACGAGUCUCCAAACUCCCACAACGAGACUCCAAACAACGAGUGCACCCACAGUUGA